AUGAUCGAGAACGCUCUUGUUGAAGAGGACGUCGACGAAACUCCAGAAUUCAUCAAUCCCGACGAUGCUGUUGAAGUACAGGUGGACGACGACGUGCCCAUGGAGGACGACGGUGAGGAAGAAAUCGGCGAUAUGGAUUUCGCGGAAAAGGAACCGGUCGUAGACAUGUCCGUGACCCAGCUGGACUCCCAUCAGGGUCCAGUGUACGCUGUCGCCAGUUUUUUGGACGAAACCAACGACACGAGCACUCUCACUAUCAUUUCAGGCGGCGGAGACGACAAGGCAUUCCUACACAAGAUGAAUACCGGGAGCACCCCCACGACGGUCCCGUUGGAAUACGCCCACUCCGACAGUGUCAGCUGUGUCGCGCUGAAUUUAGCGUACGUCUCCACUGAUCUUUCCAAAACUCCCCGAUUAGCGGCAGUGGGUGCCUAUGACGGUGCCAUUGUCAUCUACGACCCCGAUACCGGGGCGAAGCUACAAAAUUUGGAAGGUCCUACAGAUGUGGAGUGGAUUUGCUUUCACCCCAAGGGAGGAGCAGUGUUACUGGCUGGAUCGGCAGCCGAUAAUACGGUGUGGAUGUUCCACGUUCCCAUGAACAAGUGUCUGCAGGUCUUUGUCGGCCACGAGGCGGCCGUCACAGCGGGAGCUUUCUCACCCGACGGUAAAUGGGCCUUAUCAGCCAGUACCGACGGGACGGUACGAGUGUGGGCACCACGAACGGGGCAAUCGAAACAUGUCUUUCGGCUGGGAGACGAUACGGGAGGAGCAGGGUUGACUUGUCUCGCGACGAACGGCGGUUCGGAUGGGCAGUUGAUUAUUGUGGGCGCAGAAGACGGACAAGCUCACGUCUGUCAUAUUGGGACUAAGAAGGUGGUAGCAUCUUUGCGGCAUUACGAAAUACCAACCACAACGGACGAGAUGGAGCUUCCGAUGAGUGUGGAAGCCGUCGGUUUUGCGGCCCCGUCGGUGAAUCCCAACUGGUGCGCCACGGGAGGCGUAGACGGACAAUUGAAGAUUUGGGAUCUCGCUAACGAGGACGGCACCCACGCAAUUUCCUCAAUGGCAGGGAUCACGCGACUACAGUGGCACGCUACGCAGCCGUGGGUCUUUAUAUCCACCACGGAGGGUAGCGUGCAUGUGUGGGAUGCCCGUGACGGUAAGCUGUUGCGGAGCUUGACCGGCCAUACGGAUGUGAUAAACGACUUGCACGUGACAUUUUCCGACCAAGGCCGUAACGCCGUGAUUGUUUCCGGCAGUGACGACCAAUCCGUGCGGUUGUUUGAAGUUGACUCGGCGAGCGUAUUGCAAAAUUAA